AUGCGACGGCAAACAUCCCUGCAUAAGGUGUUCGAAGAGAUCAGCAGAUUGCAGCGCUUCGUCAACCUGCUUUGCUGCUCUUCCGCCAAGAACGCCGAGCAUGUCCUCCAUCGUUUGAGGUCGACGGCAUCUGCAGAAGUAAUAGUGACGGAAGACCCCAACCCUCCUGCCACCACCCAUAGGACCUUUGCGGCGCCAUUCCAGUUCUUCAUGGAGAACGAGCAGGAUCCGUUCAUGGCCACGAGUUUGGAGGAAAUAUCCGCGUUGGUGCAGUGGAUCGCGCAGGAUUUGGACCACUUUGUGCAGCAGCGAGCACCUCCUUCUCCUCCUCCUCCCACAGAACAGUCUCCUCCGGACCAGAAUGGCUGCGAAAUUGCUGGGUUGAGUAGUACCACUACUGCCAAGACCGGCCUGACGGUACAAGAGUUCCUGUGUUGA